AUAUAACCCUCUCUGGCUUUAGGAUUGGGUUUGCAUUUCUCUUCAGAAGGGGCCAGCUUGUACAUGAAGAAAGGGGUUGAACAUUUGGGAAAGCCCUUUUUUCUUGGACUGCUGACGCGUACCGCGGCUACGUGCUGCUCCGGAGCCCCGCGGAUUACUUUCCAACUUUAACAGCCUCCACCAUGAUACUUCACUUUCUAGCUUUGGGGGCCUUUGUUUUUCAGACUGAAUGUUACUUUUCGGAGGAGAAGUAUCCAGAGGAGUCGAAAAUGCAGCCUCCAACCGUGGUUAUCGCUAUCAUAGCGAGAAAUACCGGUCACUCCCUGCCAUACUACCUCGGAGCUCUGGAGAGACUCAACUACCCCAAAGAUCGCAUCUCUGUGUGGGCAGCCACGGAUCACAACACAGAUAACACCACAGCCAUACUGAAGGAGUGGCUGACUGUCAUGCAGAAAUAUUACCAUUAUGUUGAGUGGAGACCAAUGGACAAGCCAACGUCCUAUGCUGGAGAGCUGGGUCCUAAGCAUUGGCCCAACAGCAGAUACGAAUAUGUGAUGAAGCUGAAACAAGCAGCGCUCAACUUUGCCAGGAAACGCUGGGCUGAUUAUAUCUUGUACGCAGACACGGACAAUAUCCUCACAAAUCCAGAAUCCCUCAACCUGCUGAUAGCAGAAAACAAGUCAGUCAUCGCUCCUAUGUUAGAUUCUCCGGGGGCGUACUCUAACUACUGGUGUGGUAUUACUCCACAGGGAUAUUAUCGUCGAACAGCAGAGUACUUCCCCACCCGUCAUCGUCACCGAGUGGGCUGCUUCCCUGUGCCUAUGGUCCACAGCACCCUGCUGCUGGAUUUGAGGAAGGAGGGCAUGAAAAAACUUGCUUUCUAUCCUCCUCAUGAGGACUACUCGUGGCCCUACGACGACAUUAUUGUUUUUGCCUUCUCCUGUCGGGCUGCAGAGAUACAGAUGUACCUGUGCAACAAGGAGCGCUACGGCUACCUGAACGUUCCAGCCAAACCGCACUACACCUUAGAAGACGAUCGUCUCAACUUUGUCCAUGUUCACCUUGAGUCUAUGAUCGACGGGCCACCCAUGUAUCCUUCCCGUUUCAUCCACAUGUUUCCAAAACAGAGAGACCUCCUGGGAUUUGAUGAGAUUUAUCUGAUUAACCUGCGACGGCGUGCUGACCGCAGAGACAGGAUGUUGUUCUCUCUAAACGAGCUUGAGAUUGACGUCAAAGUGGUCGAUGCCGUGGAUGGAAAUGCACUGAACAGCAGUGACAUUAAGAUUUUGGGUGUCGACCUGCUGCCAGGAUACUAUGACCCAUUCUCUGGACGCACUCUGACCAAAGGAGAAGUGGGCUGCUUCCUCAGUCACUAUUACAUCUGGAAGGAGAUGGUGGACAUGCAGAUGGAUAAGGCCCUGGUCUUUGAAGACGAUGUUCGCUUUCAGGCCAACUUCAAGCGGCGAAUACUCAAAAUGAUGCAGGAUGUGGAGCAGGUGGAGCUGGACUGGGACAUCAUAUACUUGGGCAGGAAGCAGGUGAAUCCUGGAAAGGAGGAGCCAGUGGAGAACGUUCGUAACUUGGUGAUGGCCGACUACUCGUAUUGGACUCUGUCCUACGCCAUCUCCCUACAGGGAGCCCAGAAACUCCUCAAUGCUGAGCCACUUUCCAAGAUGCUGCCUGUUGAUGAAUUCCUCCCCAUUAUGUACGACAAACAUCCGAACGAGGACUACAAAUCCCACUUCCCCAAUAGAAACUUACAAGCCUUCAGUGCGCACCCCCUCCUGGUCCAGCCGUGUCACUACGCCGGUGAUCCCCAGUGGGUGAGCGACACAGAGACGUCGACCCUGUGGGAUGAUGACUCUGUGAGGACUGAUUGGAGGGGCUCCCACAAGACCCUGAAAGGGGCUGCCCCGGCACCCGAGAUGCUGUCAGUCGCCUACAGGGAUGAACUUUAGUGCAGCACAAAUGUAGCUGAGGAGAAUCUGCAGGUCCACAGGCCAUGAGGUCAGAGAGACUGUUACUGAGGAGAGAGUGAUUCUUUCACUCCACCUUGUGUCAUAAAACUGACAUGCUCAGUGUCAUUUAACCUGAGCUUCUUAGAUAGGAGGCAACAACAUAAGAUAUGGUGUUCGUUUCGGCUUUGUGUAAAGACAUGCACAGUUGUCUCGGUGUAAUAAAUGCGUCAACCUGCACAAUAGAUUUUUCUCAAACAACCCCAUGUUUAGAGUGUUUAUCCUUCUAUGUGCUUUUCUUUUACUUUGCUCAGUCAUCUAGUUUAGUUGCUUCAUUUAGAGCGUUAAUUCAUUCUGUAUGGUUCGUGUCAACCUGUUUAAAUGUACUCCUGUGAUAGUGCGUAAUCUGUUGAUCAUAUUCUAACCGAGGGUUCAGUAAUUGCACUGUUAACAACUCCUGGCAAGUCUGGAAAAAAAAGUCUGAAAUGUAUUGGCUAUUGUUUU